AUGUCAGACCCCCAAUUCCCCGCCAGCAGCGGCGACGAGGAAAAAGGCACCAAGUUCUCCAAUGGCGGCUCCUCGGUCCCCGAAUGGGAUGCAGGCGGCCAAGCAACGCAUCGCGAGCCGUGGCAGCGCAGGUUCGUCGAUAGCUUCAAGCGGGAUCCGAACGCGACGGUGACGCGCGCCGCCGAGACGGGGAAGGGUGCUGGGUUUGAUCAUCGGGCUGCGGCUGAGGCGACGGCGAACUCGGGGUUGGCGAGGAAGUUGAAGGGGAGGCAUAUGCAGAUGAUUGCGAUUGGGGGGUCGAUUGGUACGGGAUUAUUCGUUACGUCGGGUGCAGCGCUUGCGGGCGGUGGUCCAGCAUCUCUAAUUAUUGCGUAUGGAAUCAUCGGGAUCCUCAUGUUCUGCACGGUCCAGGCGUUGGGAGAAUUAGCUGUUGUGUUCCCGGUUGCGGGAUCAUUCUCGGCGUACUCGACUCGGUUCUUGGAUCCGGCUUGGGGGUUUGCUAUGGGAUGGAACUAUGCUAUUCAAUGGCUGGUCGUCUUACCGCUUGAAAUUGUCGCUGCGUCCAUCACACUCCAAUUCUGGCCUGGAGCAGCAGAUACCAAUGCAGCAGCUUUCGUCACUAUCUUCCUCGUCGUCAUCAUAGCCAUCAAUUUCUUCGGUGUCCGCGGGUACGGAGAAGCAGAAUUCGUGUUUGCCAUCAUCAAAGUGGUCGCGGUCAUCGCAUUCAUCAUCCUUGGUAUAGUCCUCAACUGCGGCGGCGGUCCAGAGGGAGGCUACCUCGGAGGUCGAUACUGGUACCCCAACCGCGUGGCUCCCGACUACGCAGGAUACACCCAAGACAACCAACCACCCGGAAGCAUCUCAUCGGGCGCGUUCCACAACGGCUUCAAAGGUCUUUGCUCCGUCUUCGUCACAGCAGCAUUCUCCUUCGCCGGCACAGAACUCGUGGGUCUCGCAGCAGCUGAAGCAGAUAACCCCCGCAAAACCCUACCAACUGCCAUCAAGCAAGUCUUCUGGCGCAUCUGCCUCUUCUACAUGGUCUCCCUAACCAUCGUCUCGGUCCUCGUCCCCUACGGCGACGCCCGCCUCCUAGGAGCCAACUCCGAAGACGCCAAAGCCUCUCCCUUCGUCAUCGCCAUCAACAACGCCGGCAUCAGCGGCCUCCCCUCCGUCAUGAACGUCGUGAUCCUCAUCGCCGUCCUCUCCGUCGGAAACUCCUCCAUCUACGGCUCCUCGCGCACCCUCGCCGCGCUGGCCGAACAACACCAAGCGCCCCGCUUCCUCGCCUACAUCGACCGUCAGGGCCGUCCCCUCUUCGCCAUCAUCGUCGCCUCCGUUUUGGGACUCCUCUGCUACGUCGUCGGCGGCGGCCAGCACACGGCCGCCACGGCGCUCAAUUGGCUGUACUCGCUCUCGGGCCUCUCGUCCAUCUUCACCUGGGGCUCCAUCUGCCUGGCGCACAUCCGCUUCCGCCGCGCCUGGAAACUGCAGGGCCAUUCGCUCGACGAACUCGCGUUCCGGUCUCAAGUCGGCGUUAUCGGGUCUUGGGUCGGCUUCAUCCUUAACCUCCUCGUCCUGCUGGCGCAGUUCUGGACUGCCGCUUGGCCGGUGGGGUAUGGUGAUGAUAGCUCGGAUUAUAUUGCCCAGAACUUUUUCUUGGCGUAUCUCGCGGCGCCGGUGGUUAUUGCGUUUUACGUCCCGUAUAAGAUCUGGUACCGCACGCCGUUUAUGCGGAGUAAGGAUAUGGAUUUGGUUACGGGACGGAGGGAGAUCGAUACGCCGGCGCUGAUUGAGGCGGAGAGGCAGGAGAAGUUGGCGUUGCCGAGGUGGAAGAGGGUUUAUAAGAUUUUCUGCUAG